AUGAAGGUCACCACCGUCUUACUCGCGGCCGUCACCAUCCUCUCCGGUGUCGACGCCCUCGGCAAGGGCGGCAAGGGUGGCAAGGGCCGCAAGGGCAGCAAAGGCCGCGAAGACGGAUAUUAUAGAGGCGGAAUAGAUAUGGGCCAGAAGGAGGACCGCGAGGCUCGCAAGACGAUUUGUCCCAAGUCUAUCGGGUCGAAGGGCAGAUGCAACGGCAACUCCUGCCACGUGAGGGGCGCCAACUACCCCUGCGUCUUCGGCAAAUGCACCGGCGACGGCGGCCGCGACGGCGCCUGCUGCGGCAUGCUAUCUAGCGGCGUCCACGCGCGCUGCCCCAACGGGCUCACCGGCAAGGACGAGCUCAUCAACGGCACGAUGGUGCCCGAGGACCGCGGCGGCUGGGGCUGGUGGGGCCACCCCGAGCUCCCCAUCGAGGACUGGUACACCAAAUGGGCGUGCAAGGCCAUCGGGCCCGACUUUAGCAAGAUGGGCGGCAUGAUGGGCGGCGGCGCCGCUGCCAUGACGCUUGCGGAGCACUUCGAGGAGCCGAGGCCGGCGGCCCUCCUAAGGACAAGAAAGCUCCCAAGGGCAAGAAGGAUCCCAAGGGCAAGAAGGAUCCCAAGGGCAAUAAGGAUCCCAAGGGCAAGAAGGAUCCCAAGGGCAAGACUCCCGAUUUCCAAGACGGCCCCGGCGACCGCCCUCUCUCCAAGGACGAACAAAAAAGAGCAAAGUGCGGCAAGCACCUUCAAACCAAACGGAAGCAGCUUUAAACCAAGCCGAAGUUCUAGAGAGCUAUGGCUUCUGCUCCUCGCCAUGUUGUCUCUCUGGGGUCUUCCCGAGAGUGGACUACGCUUUUUCAUGGGGGAGAGAAUCUGA